UCCCAAUACCGUACUUUCCAGCCUGAACAACUCAACUCACAGGUCCAUGCCGUUGGCGGAAGAGUCUACCGAUCCCCUUUCCCUUCAUAAGAGACUUUCCGACGCCCAGGAGAGACUCAUAGGCGCAGCAACCGACGAAGAUAAAUCAACGCUGUGGCAGGAUGUUACGCGUGAAGCUCGAGCGAUUGCGGAUAUCCUUCGUGUCAGGGAUGGCCCCGUCGACAACCACACUGUCCUUGGGAAGACGACACUUCCUCAAACACUGAAAACCCUUUACUCGCUGGCUCUCGGAACUUCCGUCACUCCGGAAAUCUCUUUCACGGCACCAUUACUCGAGAUACUUAGGGUCGCCGCCAAUCUAUGCAUGGAUCACGACGAAAAUCGUAGUCUGCUCUUGGACGCUGGCCUACCUCAGUCCCUUGUUUCUUUGCUAGAGGGAUAUGUCGAUUCAGCUCCCUCUCCUCCACACAGCAGACCGUACAGUCUGCCCACUGCCCACAUCAAGCUAAUAAGGACCGCCAUGGGUGUGCUGCUGAACGCUAGCGUUGGAUAUGAACCCGUCAAGUACCGCCUUAUAUCUCUGGAGGCCGCAGUAACCGUAUUGAAGUUGUCUACUGCCAUAUAUCCGACCGCUUGUUGGCUCGAUUUUCCAGCGCUGGAUAAUAUAGAAGAUUUAGAAGAAGCGUGGAAUUUACGUAUCAGUCUCUCAAGCUGGGCAUGGAGAAUUGUAUUGGAGCUUAAGGAUGUCAAGGACGAAACCCUUCAAAUAUUCACCACCGAUGUCUUACCGAUCUUAGUACCUCCGCUAGUCGCGUUUACAACACAAGAUACCAACAUCAUACCCGAACAACUUACAACCUCACCCGUUCUCCAGAGCCUACUCCAGGCUGAUUUUGAAAAUCUGGAGGAGUCUUGUACUAUCCUCGAAUCUCUCUCCCUAGAUGCGGAAGACGUUCGCCUGUCUUUGGCUCGUGGGUAUCAGUUCUCCGCCGAGCAUCAGGGAGUUCCCUGUUUCGGUUAUAUACUCGACUUCCUAGAGAAAGGAGCGAUACCCCCCUUCUGGAACGUCAUGCCAGCGAGCUUUGAUGCCAAACGCAAAGAGAAAGCAUUUAAUAUGUGCAAGGCGGCCCUCAUUAAAAGCGUAGUUGAGGUCGUUGGCGAAGAGCGUAAUGAACAUAUAUUGUGGGAUGAUUCAGAACUGGAUACCCCUGGAGGAGAGUUUGUUACUCGGAUGGUACAGUGGCUCAAGAAAUUUGUAGUUGACAUGGAAUCUAGUGAUGGAGCGUUUUCUCAUCGCACAGAUUUAGUCAUUUGUGCGAGUCUUUCAUUGGGAAAUUUGGCGAGAAGAGAAAAAAAUGCAUCCGUAUUACUUUCCCCGCCUCAUUCUCUGGCCAAUGUUUUGUCCUCGGUUCAUUUACUAUCGCCCGACAGCGAUAUCAAGGUUAAGCACGGGGUCCUAGGUUUACUCAAGCAUCUGGCGCAGGCCUCUUUCCAGUCUCCGGCCAUUCAGGCCUUCCUUACUCAGGCGGAUACAGUGCGACGCAUAUCUGAGUGCGGAAUAUGGGAUCAGAAAGCGGAUGCGAUGGCCGAAGUCGUACAGCUAAGCGCAAUAGGAGUAGUCAAACACAUGUGCAACGCCAACAUCGCCAAUACAUUUGCACUGGUGUUGCCAUCGACUCAAGAUGUUCCUACCCCACAAACUGGGCUUUCGCAAAUACUUUCACUCGUUAAACGGUCUGAUUCCAUACCCAUCAAGAGCGAAGGCACCAGAGUGCUUGUCAACGUGAUCAAGUCUUUAUGGUCGAACGACGUUAUUGGGGCGAGCUCGCCGAAUCGAUUCCAACCAUCUGCAGACCGAGCAGAAGACGACGAACGUCAACGGCAAGAUGCUAUACGCACCGUUCUCACAAUGCCGUGCGCCUCUGCACUGGCUAGCCUUGUCGCCCGAAGUGGAAAAUAUCCUCUGCUGGUCAAUGAAGGGGUAGUAGCGCUGACCCUCCUAAGUACCCAAAAAUCUGGUGCUCCUUUAGCUUUAACGGCGAUUUUGUCGCCUGUCUUAUUUGAACCUCCUCCAAUAGAACCUCCGUCUGCUUCAACCUCGGUAGCUACGGAGGUUAGCUCUCCCACUAUCGCAACUCCAUCCAGUCGCGGCCAGAUUCCUGUCAAGCGCACAGCUCUGGAUAUGAUGAUCGCAGUCAUCAAGAAUUUUCACGACCCUGUUAACUUUCAGGUCGAAGUCCGUAUCAAUGUUUGUUCUCUGCUUAUACAACUUGGAAAGAACUGUUCGGAGGAAGAGGGAUUCAAUCAAGUGAAGGGAACGAUGCUUCCUCAUUUGAAAGAACUGUCAGAGACCCUGGGAGAUGCAUCCGGUAUGGACGCGACGCUUGCAAAGGCAGUUGGCCGAGCUCUCAAAACAUGGGAAUGAUAGACGAAAUUCGGGGGCUGACUAUAUGUUGUACUCUUGUUGUAUACCUUUUGUCAUUUUUUGGUUCACGAUCUAGAGUUCAUGGGA